AUGGAAGACGAAGAGGAUGAUUUUUACGACCCCACUGAUUCAGUGACACCGACCCAAGUGUCAAAUAAUGCCCAAGAUGCAACGACAGGGCAACCCGCGGAUGAAGAUAUGGACGAUGACGAGGUAGAGGUUGAGUCCGAUGAGGACGACUUUGACAUCAUUACAGAAGCGCCUGCUGAUGCGCCGCCGCCAGAGAUCUCCCAUCCACGCCACGCAAGCUUACGGCAAGACCCCCAAAGACCUUCUUCUGCAGACUCAUCCGCUGUCUCAAAAUCUGCGACUCCGUCGGCUACUCCCCGCCUCGAUGCUCCGGCUCCGCUACCUGGAACUGGUUCUGCGGCCCCAGCGAAGCUAGUUGUACCCCAGAACCAGAAGCCAGGUUCCUUCUACCCGGCUAUUCAUACGUCUACCAUCGAUGUCAAUGGAAACCCCCUACACCCUUCCACUGGCAAGACUAUCAUGGCCACCGACAUGGACACAGACUUCCCUACUGACGACAAGCCUUGGCGACGACCAGGCUCUGACAUUUCCGACUACUUUAACUACGGGUUCGACGAAUUCACAUGGGUUAGCUAUUGUUUGAAGCAGCAGGAAGUGCGCAAAGAAGUUGGCGACCAAAGGAGGCAAAUGGAUGACAUGCAGUCUUUCUUGGGCAUGGGCAUGCCUCCGAUGCCUGGUGGACCACCUCCCGGCGGUCCUGGCGCACCGGGCCCUGGUGCACCCGCAAUGCCUGGGAUGCCUGGGAUGCCUGAUAUGUCACCCGAUAUGAUGCAACAGAUGCUCCAGGGCAUGAUGGCUCAAGGCAUAGAUCCUUCUAACAUGGAUCCAAUGACAUUUAUGCAGAGCGCACAAGCUAUGAUGGGCGGCCAACCGGGCGGUGGUCCACAAGGCCAGCAAGGCUUUGGAGGCCAGCCACAAGGUCAAGGUUUUGGACAACCGCCUCAAGGUCAAAUGGGAUAUGGAGGGUAUGAUCAGCGUGGGAACUAUGGAGGCCGGGGACGUGGGCGAAGAUGGUAA